UCGCUUCACAUUUUCAGAAGCGUCACCAAGCGGCGUGUGCUGACUAAUGUGUUUAGUGAGAAAUCAGGACGACCGAAAAAAAGCCAAAGCCAAAAAGUGAUCGUGCGGACAUAAAAUAAUCUGUCAGAUCAAAGAUAGCACUGGGUGGUUGGAGUGUAAGCCUUUUUUAGCCAGAGAUCACAUGUGACACUCAGAAGGUGUUGCUAAUCUAGUUGCAUUUUAGCCUAAAUUUGCACAUUGCAGUUUCACACCAUACAGAGAGAAAACACCAGAUAUAGAAGUUUUUUGUAAGUGCAAAGGACUAAGCAAAGUUUUACACGCUUCGGUCGUAUUUAAGUGUUUUUGUGUGUUGCAUUGGGCUGGCCGCUAUGCUUUUUCGUCUAAUGUGAGUUUCUAAAUAUGAUGAUGUCACCAAGUUGCAAGUUUUUCUCUUGCGUAUGGCGGGGUUGCAGCGAUCUUUGGUUUUGAUUUGUAAGUCCAGCGUGUAAUGCUAAUGGAGCACAUCCAAGGAGCAUUAAAGACCCUUAGCAAUGGGUUUGGGUUGAAGGACUCUAUCUUUGAGGGCCCUUGCAUGUCCCCGACCAUUGACCAAGGCUUUACCUAUUGUCGGCGCUCAUCAGACGAAGGCAAAUCUCCCGACUCCACCAAGACAAGCAGCACAAUCCGCGUCUACCUGCCCAAUAAACAGCGCACAGUGGUGAAUGUUCGCCCGGGAAUGACGCUCCAUAGCUGCCUCAUCAAGGCACUUGUGGUGCGUGGACUUCAACCACAGUGCUGUGCUGUCUUCAAGCUCCAUCCUGGUCAGAGGAGCAAAAAAUCCCGCAUGGACUGGAACACAGACUCUACCACACUUAUUGGGGAGGAGCUUCUGGUGGAAGUGCUGGAUCAUGUGCCUUUGACUACGCAUAAUUUUGUGCGGAAAACGUUCCUGAAAUUAGCCUUCUGUGACAUAUGCCAAAAGUUCCUUUUAAAUGGCUUUCGAUGCCAGACGUGUGGCUACAAAUUUCAUGAACACUGCAGUACUAAGGUCCCCACCAUGUGUGUCGACUGGAGCAAUAUCCGGCAGCUUCUUUCGUUUUCGAUUCCUGGGGAGAGCGGAGGCCCAUCUGUCCCUCCUCACACUUCCCGCCGCAUGCGUGAAUCUCUCUCGCGGUUUCCGGUCGGUUCCCAACACCGGCAUUCUACACCGCAUGCUUUCAACUACAACGUAUGCUACCCACCUCCAGGAGGCGCUCUGUCACAGAGACAGAGGUCCACGUCCACCCCCAAUGUCCACAUCAGCACCAACAUUGCUGUUGACAGCACUGUGAUUGAGCUAGAUUACCUGAAUGCUUCUCCCAGCUCCUGGUGUCGUCGCUUUUGCCUCAAGAGAAGAGAUGCGAUUCGAGGUUAUGAAUCAGGAAGCCCUCAGAGUCACAGCCCCACUGGCUGGUCCCAGUCCAAAACCCCAGCUCCCACACACAGGGAGAAGUCACAUUCUUCUAGCAUGCAGGAGAAGCACCGAAUUCGCCCCAGGGACAAAAGGGACUCCAGCUACUACUGGGAGAUAGAAGCUAGUGAGGUCGUCCUGCUAUCUCGGAUUGGCUCUGGCUCCUUCGGAACUGUGUACAAAGGGAAGUGGCACGGUGACGUGGCAGUGAAGAUUUUAAAGGUCACGGAUCCCACUCCAGAGCAGCUUCAGGCCUUCCGUAAUGAGGUAGCCGUCCUGAGGAAGACGAGGCACGUCAACAUCCUGCUGUUCAUGGGCUACAUGGCGAAGGACAGCCUGGCCAUCGUGGCGCAAUGGUGCGAGGGCAGCAGCCUCUUCAAGCACCUGCAUGUCCAGGAGACCAACUUCAAAAUGUUUCAGCUGAUCGACAUCGCCCGGCAGACGGCGCAGGGCAUGGACUAUCUACACGCUAAGAACAUCAUCCAUCGGGACAUGAAAUCAAACAACAUAUUCCUACAUGAAGGCCUGACAGUGAAGAUUGGGGACUUUGGCUUGGCCACAGUGAAGUCCAGGUGGAGUGGUUCCCAGCAAGUAGAACAGCCAUCAGGAUCCAUUCUGUGGAUGGCUCCAGAGGUCAUCCGCAUGCAGGACAACAACCCCUACAGCUUCCAGUCAGACGUGUACUCCUAUGGUAUCGUGCUGUUCGAGCUGAUGGCUGGGGAUCUUCCAUACUCCCACAUAGCCAAUAGAGAUCAGGUAAUUCUGGGGACAAUCAGUGGAACCUGUGUUGGUCCUACUAUUACUACUAUAAUUAUUGCGUGUUUUCCCCCUGUAUAAAUGACGGUUUCUCUGUAUAUGUUCCUCCUGUCCAAAAACAUACUGGUCACAUGGUGCCUUUGCAUUGCCCCUUGUUUGUCCUUGUCAUGCACUGGCUUCAAUCCUUGGCCCCUACUGGUUCCAUGAACACCUAGACCCUAUAGUGGACCUUUUCAACACUGUAAGGUUAAUUUACUUCACUGCACAGCCAUCAGUGCUCAUUCUCCAUGGAUACAGUGUGGUCAUUAGUUUUUCUCUUGUUUUCUGUGCUGUUUUGAGUCUGUGACUAUUCUUAUCACGAAGUAUGACACCAGCAAAAGUGUAAACAAAUGUCUUUCACCCUGUUAUGUGCUGCGUUUUAUCCUGUAUCCGUCUAUCCUUCAACUAGGGGCAUUGAGCCAGUCUCUGGCAGCGUAUAACACGAGGCAGGGGCAGACCCAGCACGGAGCACACACUGGUGCUAUUUAGAGAUGCCUAUUAGCCUAACUGCAUGUCUUUGGACUGCUGGAGGAAACCAUAGCAGUCGUAGGAACAAGUGCGUGCUCUCCUGCUCGUCUGCAAAUGCCAGUAAUUUUCCUUGUUCAGUUUGACGUGCUCGUUUUUGACCUUCCACUUAUCAGUCCAUCAGUGUACAGGGAAGCCACACGCCAGUGCCAGUGAUGAGCAUGAGAGAGAAACUCGGUCUCAAAGGCGCCCUCCAGAAUUCUAGCUGGUUUGCAUUCCCUGGGCUUUCUCACCACAGAGCUAUAUU